GACACAAGUUUUAUUGUUGUGGGUUGUUUUUUUUAUUUUCUUUCUUUUUGUGGAGCUUUUUUGACUGUUGUUGGGGGUUGGAUGAAGUUUUGUGCUCCCUUUGUUUCACAAAUUCGCCCCAAGCUACAAAAAACUAAAUUGAUUCAAUUUUAUCCAUGUAAUUUACUUACUGUCUUCUCAUUCACAACCAACAAAACUUAUCAGUUCACCAUUUUACUUCCUUUGAUGUUGACUAAAAGGAAAAUUAUGUCAAAUGCAAUUUUUUUUCAGCAAAACUUUUCGUUUUUCAUUUACUUCCAUAUUUUUUUUAUUGACUUAAAUUUGCAUGUUUUAUUUUAGUCAGAAAAAGCUUGAAGAAUCAAGAGCAGAGCAGCAUUAAAUGGAAAGACUUUUGAGUGCUUGAUAGAGAAUUGGAAGAUGUCAGGGAUUCAUUAACAGAAAAAUAAAGAAUAAAGUUCAAGAAGUGGAAAAAGUUAAGAAAUUCAUUAUGGAGUCACUCAAUUAAAAUAAAUUU